AUGAUUUCGAGUAGUUGCAACGGAUGUCGAGUAUUGCGAAAGGGUUGCGGCGAAAAUUGCCUCCUCCGUCAAUCUCUCACUUUUAUCGACUCUCCUUAUUCUCAGUGUAAUGCCACUGUCUUCGUCUCCAAGUUCUUCGGCCGUUCCUCCCUUUUUUACCUCCUCGAAUCUGCUCCUCCUGCCCUACAUCCAGUUGUGUUCCGGUCUUUAUUGUACGAGGCCUGCGAUCGAACAAUAAACCCGGUUUCCGGCGUCAUAGGGUUACUGUUUACCGGCAAAUGGAAUCUUUGCGAGUCAGCAGUUGACAUUGUACUCAAAGGUGGGGUUUUGAAACCACUACCGGAGUUUAUCACCAGGUUUUCGCCGGAGAAUUCUAAUUCCGGCGAGGACUCUGAAUUGCAACUUAACUUGUCGAGCAGGAGUUUUGGUGACGUGGAGGGCGAUUUAUCAUUGGAUCUUGAUCUAUGGCUGACGACUACUACUUCUAGGGUGGUUUCUCCACGGAUGGACAGAAUGAAACGCAAGAAAUCGCGGUGUUUGGAGUUGGAAAUGUCAGGAACGACGUCGUGUGAGAGUGGAAGUAGUGCUGAAGUUGAAGAAUUUGAUGUCGUGGACUUGAGUCUUUCUCUUUGA